AUGGAUGUCGAGAUCGCAACUAUUUUGAAUAUGGUGCAUAUUCUGAAGCCAUUCCUAGAACCUGAGGGAUUGGAAAAUCUUAAGAUUGGUUUUAUUGAGAAUGAUCCAUGGGGUGUAGUUUGUGAGAAAAAUGAGAAUAGUGCUCUGUGUAAUAGUAUGAUGCACUUACGAGAUAAACGAUUGUUCUACUUUACAACUCUUUCAACUAUUCUUUCAAGGGCUGAUAUACACAAAUUAAACACCACUAACGACAUCAAGUUUGUUUCAGAUAUGUUGAAAUGGUGGUUAAAUAUUCAAAUGAUUCUUUGGGAUGAUUCCAUAAGUUUUUAA